GGGUUGUUUGGUGAAGAAGAGGUUGCAUUUUGAUUUUAUUUUUUAAUUAUAUAUUAUUUUUAUUUUAUUUUUUAGCGAGUUUACUUUUUUAUAUUUUUCACUCUCUUAAUUUUUUUUUUUUUUUUCACGUCAGCAUUUAAGGUUGUAUUUAAUUAAGAUGAAAGUUGUUAAGGAGGUAAAUAAAUACAAGUUAAGUUUAGUUGCCAAACUGAGUUUUCGUGUCAAGUUCAUAGGUCAAAUGAUGUCUUUUCUCUAUUUAAUUUCGCACCUCAAAUGAUCUCCAAUUAAUUUUUUAUGUUGCAUCAAUCAAAAAAUGAUGGUAUCUUUAACUUUAGAGUUGCUAAGAUUCACUUUAGAGUUGCUUAUCUUUGGAACUACGCAAAACAAGUCUCAUAUAAACAAGUCUAUACAAACAAUUAACUACUGAUAUUUGGGGGAGCCAAAUAAUUACUCCUACAUGAUUAUAAGAGUUUCAGUAUUGUGUAAUAAUACCCUUUUUUCAUUUCAUUAUGCUAAUAUUUUGAGGAUUUUAUAGAGUUUCUUGAUUAAGAAAAGUACAUUCCGAAAUUUGUAAGUCCCAUUUGAUAGAAUAGUUCAGAAAAAGAAAAUAAAUGAAGGGGAAAAAAAUAUCCGAGGUUAGUGAUUGGAAAGCAUUACUAACAACGUUUGUUUUGAUGUGCACUUGAUUGCGUCACCAAUUGAGGUCUACAUGCACAGCUUCUCUUCUCUGUCUACAAAUAAGGAAAAGUGUUUUCACUCAAUACCGCUACUGCUCCAAUAAUAUCAUAUUCUAUCCAAAAACCAAUUCUUGUUUGAGAGAAAAACACACAGAAACAUGAAGCCAAAUAGAUUAUGGUCUUACUCAAUGGUUCUUUUGGGAGCAAUGUUGUUGUUUAUGGUGGCUAAAACAGAGUGCAAAAAAUGUGCAUUUAAGGCAAUAUUUAACUUUGGAGAUUCAAAUACUGAUACCGGUGGAUUUUGGGCUGCUUUCCCAGCUCAGAGCCCUCCCCAUGGAAUGACUUAUUUCAAGAAACCUGUUGGAAGGGCAACUGAUGGCAGAGUUAUCGUUGAUUUUUUAGCUCAAGCAAUUGGCUUGCCAUUUUUGAGUCCAUAUCUGCAAUCAAUUGGAUCUGAUUACAGACAGGGUGCUAAUUUCGCAACAUUAGCAUCCACAGUUCGCUUGCCACAAACUUCCUUAUUUGUAACUGGGGUUAGCCCUUUUUCUCUUGAUAUUCAGCUUCGACAGAUGAAAGAAUUUAAAGCUAAAGUCGAUGAACUUCCCCAUAAAGGGAAAACUAGUCUGCCUUCCCCAGAUAUAUUUGGAAAGUCACUCUAUACAUUCUACAUAGGCCAAAAUGACUUUACUGGAAAUUUGGCAAGAUUAGGAAUAAGUGGAGUAAAAGAAUUUCUACCUCAAGUGGUUUCCCAAAUUGCUAGCACAAUCAAGGAGAUAUAUGCAUUGGGUGGGAGAACAUUUUGGGUGCUAAAUUUAGCACCAAUUGGAUGUUACCCUGCAUUUCUGGUGGAACUGCCUCAUAACACUUCUGAUAUAGACCAGUUUGGUUGUUUAAUAUCAUACAAUAAUGCAGUGGUGGAUUAUAACAAUAUGCUAAAAACAACAUUGGCAAAAACCAGAAAGGAACUUGCUGAUGCAAAUGUGGUAUAUGUGGACACUCAUGCUGUGCUCUUGGAGCUAUUUCAACACCCCACUUCUCAUGGGCUAAGAUAUGGAACCAAAGGAUGUUGUGGAUAUGGAGGUGGUGCAUACAAUUUUAAUCAGCAAUUGUACUGUGGAAAUAGCAAACAGGUAAAUGGAAAAACAGUAACAGCCAAAGCCUGUAAGGAUCCACAAAAUUAUGUAAGCUGGGAUGGAAUACAUGCUACUGAUGCAGCAAACAAACUCACUACAUAUGCCAUUCUUAAUGGUUCUUAUUUUGAUCCUCCUUUUUCGCUUCAUCACUAUUGUAAUAUCCAGCCUAUUGGUUGAAUACUGUUUUGUUUCUGUGUUUAGAAAUAAUAAUAAACCACAACUUAUGUCUCAUUACUAGACAAAGGAAUGAAAAGUUUCUGGAGUAUAUGCUUUCAUUA